CAGACUACAGAAGAGUGCAGACAAUGGGAAAAAAAAAAGCUUCUCUCUUUGUGCCCCCCUCUCUAUCUUUGCAACUUCAUCUUCCAUCUCUGUCUCUCUCUCUCUCCCAUCUUUACCCAUAACCCUAAAGACCAGCAAGGGCAAACUAUUUCCUUUGCUGUAUAAGCUGCUCCAUCGGAGUCCAGUCUUUUCAGCUUCUCUCGAGGAAAGGGUCGGGCGUAGAGGGGGAGAGAGAGGAGCUGCUUCAUUUGCUACAGAUUCUUGUUUUAUUUGCUCUCUAUUUGCUAUCAAUAACUUAUUUGUUCUUCGUUGUUUUUCCGAUAAGAAACCCAAAUCAAUGCUUUGAAGCCCUAGUAGAUUAAUGUUGUGUUUUGAUCUUCUAUAGUUAAAGUUAAAACACUGUACUAUUACAAUGGCAUCGGGUCUUGACUGUGCUGUUUCAAGCCUUCUUUGCGAGGAGGAUUGCAGUAUCUUUCUGGAUGACUUAGACACUAUAAAUCGUCCUAAGAAUCAUCAAAAUCAUAGCUUUGAAUGUGAUGAUGAAUACUUGAUUGGGUUUCCAGUACUGAAUGAUGAGUGUUUUACCUUGAUGCUGAAAAGUGAAUGUGACCAUUUGCCUGCUAGAGAUUAUCUGGAUAGAUUGAGAAACAGGGACUUGGAUUUUGAUGCUAGAAUGCAGGCCAUUGAAUGGAUUGGAAAGGUUCAUGCCCACUUCAAUUUUGGACCUCUAUGUUCAUAUCUGUCUAUUAACUAUCUGGACAGGUUCCUUUCGAUCUAUGAGUUACCUGAUAAAGCUUGGAUGAUGCAGUUGUUAGCUGUGACUUGCUUGUCUAUUGCAGCCAAAAUGGAGGAGACUGAGAUGCCAUUGUCACUAGACUUACAGGUGGGUGAGAUGAAAUUCUUGUUUGAGGGUAAGACCAUACAAAGAAUGGAGCUACUAGUUUUGAGUAGAUUGAAAUGGAGAAUGAAGGCAGUCACCCCAUUCUCCUUCAUAGACUAUUUUCUCAGAAAAAUCUACAUCACUGAUGAAACUCCUCCAAAAUCUCACAUCCUUCACUCCAUCCGUCUCAUAUCAAGCAUAGUAAAAGGGAUUGAUUUCUUGGAGUACAGGCCCUCAGAGAUUGCAGCAGCAGUGGCAAUGGCUGUUGUUGAAGAUGACAAGGAAAAACUCAUCUCUCUGUUCAUUCAACAUGUAGACAAGGAGAGAUUGUUAAGGUGUUUUGAAUUGAUCAAUGGGUUGCAUCUAUCUGAUAAGGCUCCGAGUGUUAUUUCCCAAUCGAUACCCCAAAGCCCGAUUGGUGUGCUGGAUGCGGCUGGCUUGAGCUAUAGGUCUGAUGAAUCAAUAGCUGUUUCAUCUGCUGAUUGUUCGCCAAUUGACCCGAAGGCUAAGAAAAGGAAGCUGAACACACCCCUCUUGGCUUCAGAACCCUGAUUCUCAAAUGAUUUGAUUGAUGAGGAAUUGGUUCAAGAGAGAAGGUUGCUUGCUGCUAUCUGUCCUUAUGGCAAUUACAUAACAAAUUUAAUAAGAUAUGUUGAUUAAUAUAAAGAUGAGUACUUAUGAUACUGAGGUUUUUAAUUUUCUAUUGAGAACACAUAAACAUGUUAAAUUUUAUUUGGUUUAUGGGAAAGUGAUGGAAGAAAAUGUGGAAUUU